UAGAGUGACAGAACUGCGAUUUCUGAUAGUACAGAGACAGGCUGGUGACAGUCUUCACCAUGGUUUGCUGUGCUGCAUGGGGAUGCUCCAAUCGCUCAGAGAAAGGUGUGCAAAUGUAUGGCUUCCCCACUGACAUGGAGAGGAGAAAAAAAUGGACCGCAGCACUCCUGACCUGCAUCAUCACUGAUGCUCCAUCACAGAACAGUCCUGUGGCAUCACUAAUCCUCCAUCUACCAGCGCAUAUAUACAGGAUGGACACUCGCUUUGCUCACCUGUACAAGCGGGACAGUAGUGUCUCUCUGAUCAGGCUGAAGAUGUCCAGACGCAGGUCUCAGUCUCAGAAAGAGAACAGAGAGAAGAUGCAGAACCUUCGCAGACACCUCGACCAGCUGCCUGAGAUAGAGCUCUCAAUGGAUGCGUCCAGCAUCAUGGCCACCCAAGAGAUUGCACCCAAAACAAAGACAGCUAAAGAUGUGAAUACUGCGGCUGAGGAGCGAAAGAAGAUGCUUGCUCGCUACAAAGAAAACAAGAUAUUGCAGAAAGAGAAGGAAAAGAGGGAGAAAGAGAAGAAAGGCGUGUUUAAGGUGGGCCUGUUUAAGCCACAACCACUUGGCUAUCUGCCAUCAAACUCUGCUGCACCAAGCAGAGCAAAGAUCACUGAGCCUAACCUGUCCACAAGAGUGACCCGCUCUAUGAUGCACAAUCAAAAGGCAACCGUACAAAGACAAGCUGUUCCAAACAAAGUUGAAAUGGCACCAACCACCAGAGCUCUGACCAAGAACAACUCGAAAGCUCAGAUCACUACCAAAGGCAGAGUAGCCACAGUUGAACCAUCUGUGAGAGCUCCAACCACCAGAUCAUCUUCUAAAACAACAAUGGCAGAUGUGGCUAAACCAGUUGCUGAUUCUCAAGCGCCAAAAACAAGAUCAACUGUCAAGUGUCCUGCAGCACCCUCUUCAGGCAGAGAGAAAGCCAUACAAGGAAACACAAAGGCAAAUGCUGAAAUGAAGAUAAAGGAUGCUGCAGUUGAUUCCGUGAGUCCUGAGGAAGAGAAAGCACCCAAAGGUGUUCUUUCCUCAUUUGCUCCUCAGGGCUUUGUGUUUCAAGCUCCUGUUGGUCUGAGGUCCUUCCAGCCUGCACCCCUUUCUCCACGUUCAGCCAGUGCUUUCAUCUCACCGAGCUUUACUUCUGAGCCCAGCAUGGAGCCCAUUUUCACCUCUCCCCCAAAACCUGUUCUCUCUGCUUCUUCUCUAUCCUCCGUUCUAACAGAUCAUCCCUCCUCUCAUCCAAAACCUUUGCUCUUUGCUCCCUCAAUCUGCUUCCCUCCACCUUCUAGCUCUACACCUCCCCCAGAUCAUCUCUCCUGUCCUCCUCCUGUGUCCUCUCCCCCUCCUGCUCCAUCCUCACCACAGCCAUCCACCUCUACUGCACCACCACCGUCCUUGGUCUCCUUGGAGCCUCAGCGUGAUGUUGCCUAUUUCAGGGCAGUGAUGGCCAGUGAGACAGUCUGCUUGACUGAGCAGUCGGAGUUGUGGGCAUCACGAUUUGAUGAUACUUCUAUCCCAGAGGAGAUAAGAGACCUGAUGCGCACGGCUGUGGGUCAGGCCAGACUGUUGAUGAAGGAACGUUUUGGCCAGUUCAGUGGGCUGGUGGAUGACUGUGACUUGGGUCGUGGAGAGAAAAUAACCACCUGCACUGACUUGCAGGGCUUCUGGGACAUGGUUUACUUUCAGGUGGAAGAUGUCAACAAGAAAUUUAAUGUUUUGAAAGAGGCAGAAGCAAGGGAUUGGAAAGAGGCAGAAACCAAGCCUGUCCCCAGAAAAAGAGUGGUCAAAAAGCCUCCUGUUGCAGGAGCGAAAGCUGGAGCAGGUGGUGGUGCCAGCAAUGCUGCUAAGGGUCGAUUGGCUGCUGUAAAGGCUGCCAUGAGAGCCAAGCAAGCUGCAGAACAGAAAGCUACUGAAGCUCCAGACAACAAUCAGGACGACUCUAGUGCUGUCCCUGCGGCCCCUGCCAAUACACAUCCUGCACAGACUGUGGUGUUUCAUGGAGGCUUCUUUCAGGUGGAAAGCCCAGUCAAACCAAUAGGUGCUGUUAGAAGAUUGUCUCGAAUUAGUGCUGUUUCUUCUCCCCAUGGUUCUAAGUUCAGCACCCCUGGCAGACAGUGCAGAUCAAUUGCAGUCUCUCGUGGCUCUCCUCUACCCUGCAUGUCUCUAACCACCACACCAACUCAAAACCCUCACACUGGUGUAUUACCUGCCUCCACCCCUCAACAUUCUGCUGAGACACUGUCAAACAAAGCUCCUCAGAUCAGCCCAGAACUCAACCGAACUGCACGCAUUUCACCAGACACAGAGCCCUGCGCAAGCAACCAACCUCAUUUGAACCCCACCCAUACCUCACACAUCAGUGGGCCAGCUAACAGUCUAGCAGACCAAUCACAUGUUACAGUUAAGUCCCAUGACUCACCAAGCCAAUCUGAAAAUGUGCCUGCUGUUCAUUCUUUGGAACCUUCAGAACCCUUGAUUAUUCAAGAAUCUGCAUUGUUUAGCUCUUUUCCCCAAGAGAAAAUGGAUGUCAACAUGGUUUCUGAAGAUAAUUAUCCUGUCCCAGCUGGAGCAGUUGCCUGUCCAGGUGCUCUUUCCCAGUGUUCAUCUCACGACUUGGAAGCUGUGGAUGCAGAGCCCAGUGUUCAUGCCCCUUCCUCCCCUGCAAUGAUGCCCUUCACACCAACCAAAGAUCUCGCCGUUUCGACAUCACUUAGUAAUGAUGUUGUUAUUUCAGCCUUUGAUGGCUCUCCAACCAGUACAGAUGUUGAAAUGAAUGGAAAUCAAGAUGAGGGUGCUGCUACUUUGGACAUUGAACGUUACCUGCAGCCCACAGUUAGAUACAGCAUGUCUCCAGUACAGAGUCAUGCAGAAGAGAGUUUCUCUCUUGGGGUAGUAGAUGCUGAGAUGGAGAGCCCUGUAUCUCAGGCAGAGGAGCACACUCUGGAUAUUUUGGCAACACCUACAGCUCUUCCCAGAACGGUGCUCACAUCUCGGACCUAUCAGAUGUCGGACAAUCUGUUGCUGUUCACCCCUGAGCAGAAGGGCAGAGUGAGACAGUCGGUGUGUGAACGCGACCUGAUCACAUUCACACCUCCCACACACAAAUAAGAGCACAUCUGUUCACUGUUUGAAUGUGGAU